GGUCAGCGGGGCGAUUUCAAACUCCGCCUCCUCUGCGUCCUCGCAACACUCUGGGGAGCCAGCGGGCGGUUGGCAUUUUUCUGCCACUUUCCGAGCAAGUUAACAAUCGAAGGCUCGAGGAAAGGCAAAAAUGGCUCAGCUGAAGGAUCGCUUUGUGUCGCUGCUCCACGAGAAAAACUUUGUCACGGACCAGUUGGCGGUGCUGGAACGAAAAACUGGGGUGAAGAGGGAACAUAUCACUUUGGCAGUUGCUUUCGGUUUCAUCGUGCUCUACCUCCUGUUUGGAUACGGAGCCUCGCUGCUCUGCAACCUGAUUGGAUUCAUCUACCCAGCAUAUUUCUCCAUCAAGGCCAUUGAGAGCACCAACAAGGACGAUGACACCCAGUGGCUCACCUACUGGGUUGUUUAUGGCGUUUUCAGCAUUGUCGAGGCCUUCUCCGACAUCUUCCUCUCCUGGUUCCCAUUUUACUAUGCUGGGAAAUGUACGUUCCUGAUCUGGUGUAUGUCUCCGGUGACGUGGAACGGCUCCGACAUGUUGUACACGCGGGUGAUCCGGACUUACUUCCUGAAACACCAGAACGUCAUGGACAACAUAGUCAGUGAUCUAGGUUCCAAGGCCAAGGACCUCAAGGACACCGUGACAAAGGAGGCUGUCCAAGCUUUCAGCCAUGACAAGGAUAAGUGAGAAGCACAGCAGAAAACCUGAGUGUGUGUGAGUGUGUGUGAACAUCAACCUUUUUCCGUGGUCCUCUUGUGAAGAUGGCUGACUAACUGCCCUGCUCUUCAUGGAGUCCGUGCCUUUCCUCCUGUGAAAACAAAUAAAAUAUUGCGCAUCAACAUCA